UCCAAAAUUGGUUUGUUCCGUAGUACACAAAAACCUUAUAUAAUUUCCAAUUUCCGGGAACAGGGGAAACCCCAAACCCUUUACCCCACCACAAAACAUCUCCAUAUAGUUAGACGCUGCUCUUCGCCUAGGGAAUAGACAGGAGACAAUGAGGCCUGGAAUUCCCCUCCCCUUACUUGUUCCUCGAUCCCCUAUAACAUAUUCUUCUUGGUAAGCUGCGCGCAAUUUAACCGUUGUAUCCUCCGCGUGUUCCUUCAGAUACGCAAAACAUAAAAUUAUUUUCAAAAAAACCUUAGCGGUCAUUUUUGACAAAUGAAAUUAAAAUUGAAGCAUUUUCCCCUGGAUAGUUUACUCCGGGGUCCUCGAACCUCCCAGCGCGGACCCCGGCGCCCCGGUGCAACCUUCUAGGACCUUGCACGCUCGCGCGCGCAUAACUUCACUUCCGACAGAUGACGAUUAACGGCGACGUAAACAGUGGCGGGCAUGGCUUUGGCGCACAUUUCAGGUUGGAAUUUCUAUUUUAAUUUUAUGGCAAAUGUUCAAUCUGGGAGAGACGAUGUCUUCGCCAACAAAGCAAGUCAGUGUUCGUAGGCUUCCUCCACUUCCGAAUCAAAUAACGCUGCGUAAUUUUAGAGAAAAUGGAAACGUAAGCGAUGAAUCCCACACUGGCCUCAAAGGGAAACCCUCUGGUGCUCUCUCUGAGAUGCGAGUCAAAGAAUACCUUUCUGCCAACCCUCAAGUACUGGAGGACUUUAUCAUGGCAGACAUCAGCCAAGAGCAGCUUGAAAGAUGGCUGAUCAGAAAAACGCAAGCUGUGGAACCUGUCACUGGAGAUGGCAAUAAUGGAGUAAGGCCAUCACUUUCCAAAUGGAAGUUUUGUGUGCAUACAGACAAGCGCAAAAUGCUCCAGCAAUUGACAAAGGACAUCAAUCAACAGCCAAAGAAAGUGAGAGUCAUGUAUGAGCUUGUCAAAAGUGUUGCAGCAGCAACACAUGCCAAUAGACAUUCCCUUUACUUGGUGGACAAGAAUGGAAGAGACAUUUACUUAUAUUCUGAGAGCAAGCCAAGAUCCCGAUCUCUGUGCCGGCAAACCAUCGGAUAUGGAGGUACCGUAGCAGCUUAUGUCGCAGAAACAGGAGAGAGACUCUUCGUCAAGGACAUUCUCGGGGAUGAAAGAUUUCCUAAAGGGAUCGGUAUUGAAGACAGCACAGCUCAGUCAGUGUUAUGUCAGCCCAUUGUGCAAGCAGAUGGCUCUAUAGUUGGUAUUGUCGAGUUGGUUAAAAAGCUUGGUAAUUCGCCAUUUGAACGAGAAGACGAGGAGAUUGUCAAUAGUUAUCUUGCCUGGGGCAGUAUUGCUAUCCACCAUGCUGAGAUUUCGAAACAAAUGCAAAAGCAGAAGGACCUUAACAGUUUCUUGCUGAAUGUUGUCAGAUCUAUUUUUGAUGAAGUCAGUACGAUGGAUGUUGUUAUCGAAAAAAUAAUGGCUUUCGCCAAAAGGCUAGUUAAUGCAGAUCGAUGCGCACUGUUUAUGGUGGACUCGAAAUCAGAUGAGUUAUACGCGAAUCUGUUUGACGAAGGAGACGAAGAUGGAUCCGGAUUCAAAUUUAGGAACGGAGCGGAAAUAAGAUUUCCGAUUGAGAAAGGUAUUGCGGGCUACGUCGCGAGUACAUCGGAAGUUCUGAACAUCAGUGAUCCGUACCGUGAUGCGAGAUUCAACCGAGAAGUAGAUAUGAAGACCGGCUACAUAACAAAGUCCAUAUUGUGUGUUCCUGUAAAGUGUAAAGGAAGUGUGAUUGGUGUCGUACAGAUGGUUAACAGCAGGAGAGGGUUCUUCUCAAACGAAGAUGCAAGUUCAUUUGAGUUAUUUGCUGGUUACUGUGGUCUGGCUCUUCACUACAGCCAGGUAUGUAUAUAAAAUAACCGGAUUCCAGAUAACACUUUAGUAAGAGUGCUUUCACAUGAGGUCACGGCAGCCAUAUUGGUGUCCCAAAACAAUGACACGGCGGCCAUGUUAGUGUACCAAACCAAUCCUGUGGGAGUUGAAAUCUUUUCAAAUUUUAGCACUUUUGUUUGUUCCUAUAACUUUGCAUGGCUACUGGCCACGUGAGUGAAAAUGCCCUAUACACAUGUGUAGUCACGGAAGCAGUAAUAAGUGAGACAAAAUCAAUGAAGCUGUAUCAGUUUAAAUAUUUCUCAUGGCAAACUGACGAGUGUUUUGAUAUGGGAAAUGAAACUUAGCCAGAGGAAAAAAACAGCAACCUCUUUUCAACGAUAUAUUGAGUGUCAGGCUGGGUUCGGGAGAGACUGCUGAGAAUACGUGAUGGGUAUGGAAGCGUUUAGCUUGACCCUUGGUCGCUUUCCUGGAAACCUAAAACCUGGAAACUCUGUCUGUCAGUCUCUCUGUCUGUCUGUCUAUCAGUCUGUCUUUCUGUCUGUCUGUCAGUUUG